GCACAACCUCAGGCAACCUACGGCCUCCGCCUGAGAAGUGAGGCCUUCAGGCCGCUGUUACCCCACUAUCGCCCACUGUCACUGCCCACUGCGGUAACGCGCUAAACCGUUGCUGCAGCUCUGACUCGAAACUUUUUUUUUUUUUUUUUCUUUCUUAAAAUCAGGGUUCAACCUUUCUUUUCGGCCGACUCACUUAAACAAACCCCCGUUCAAGCCAUUUCCUCUCUUUCUUCUUUUCCUACAGACUUGCAACACAUCACACACAUAGAAUCGUCAAGAUGGUGGAGAAAGUCUACGUCACUUACAACGAUGUCCACAAGCUCUGCCAGGAGGCGGCACCACAGAUGCUCAAAACCCUACAGCCGCAGCUCAUGAUCGCCAUCGGUGGUGGCGGUUACGUUCCCGCCCGUAUCCUACGGUCUUUCCUGAAGCAGCCUGGAACCCCCAACAUCCCCAUCCAGGCCAUCGGUCUGUCGCUGUACGAGGAGCUGCCCGUCACCCACGCCGACACCACGGCUGGCACGGUCGACCAGAUCGGCACCAAAGUCACACGCACGCAAUGGCUCGACUUCACCAGUCUCGGCGGCAUGGAGAACCUCGUCGGCAAGCGCAUCCUCAUCGUUGAUGAGGUCGACGACACCCGCACGACCCUCGAAUACGCUGUCAAGGAGCUGCAGAAGGACGUCGAGGAGGUCUCCAAGAAGCUUGGUCGCGAGGGUGAGAAGACAGAGUUCAGCAUCUUUGUGUUACAUAACAAGGACAAGACAAAGAAGGGUGUCUUGCCCGCCGACGCCAUAGAUGACUCCAGAUAUAUCGCCGCCCGAACCGUCGGCGACGUCUGGAUCUGCUAUCCAUGGGAAGCUAUGGAUAUCGACGAGCACGACAGACUCGCGGCUGAACAGAAGAACAAGACAGCUACAGCGUAAUGAAAAUUUGGUAUAAUGAUAAGAAGAAAAGAAGACGGAAAAAAAAAAUCUUUGCAUACAUAGGGAUGUGAAUGUCUGGGUAAUGGGAUGGUAACGGUGUUUGGCUUGGGGCUUAGUCGAGAAAUUACAGAUAGGGGCAAGACACGGCG